UGGAUAAUCAACGUGCGUGUUCAAUUUUUCUUUUGGGGAUUUUGAAUUACGUUUUUCUCUGGGAAUGUGAAAUUUCAAUGAUCAAUCUUGCUCUUAAGUAAAACGUGGGGCUCUUUUUGUGUGUGUGAUCCUUUAAAUUGUUUUGUAGGCCUUUUUAGAUGGUUUAGGGUUUAUAUGCAUUUUGAGCUGCAGGAAUUGAUGUGAGGUUUGUUCUUAAACUAAAUGAUUUGUUUUCAUUUUUUAGGUUCAAGAAUUGUGCAUAAUGUGUUUUGGUUUGCCUGAGAAGUUUGCCUUGGCUGUAGGUUUGUUGAUGAUUCUUGCUAUAUCAGGUUUUCUUCCAAAUAUAUUUGCUUAGAUUGUUGAACUCAUCUGUUGUGGUUUUGAGACGAAAUUUGGUGUAAGAACAACCUGCUUUGGUGUGACUGAUCUAUAUACGAUGGCGAAUGUUUGUGAUUAUUCGAGGUCAUUGGUUGGUGUUGCAAACAGCCUCCUUCAUUGGCGUUUGUUGAUUUAGUAUACUUGUGUGUGACUAUCUUCGUUUAUAUUGUUUUAUGAACUAUCCUGGGCUGUGAGAGAGAAGUUGCAGACGCUGAGUAGCUUCACUAACGAACACCAGUAGUCCGUUGCAAAAGAUGGAGAAACUCUAUCUGCUCGCAGUUGGUCACUACAGGGGUGGGGAUUAUCAAAGGAGCCGACAUUUUCUAGAGAAAUGCUUGGAGAUUGCACCACACUGGAAGCAACCUCUGUCUCUAAAGAAGAAUGUUGAAGAACGAAUCACUAAAGAUGGUGUUAUUGGAAUUGGCAUCGCUGUAACUGCCGUUAGUCUCAUAGGAAUAGCAGCUGCUGCGUUGGCUCGGAGGGGCUGAUCUUUUCUGUAGGGAUAAAAUGAACGCAUUCCUCUGCUUUUGCUUUGUUAUAGUAAUAGAUACAAGCCUCUGAUAAUCAAUUGAAAAAACACUUUCUUGAUGUGCUACCAA